GUUGUUUAUCAAUAUUGCCGAUGUGUCGUCUGAUAGUGUUUCCUCUGUACAACACGGAAACCAAAUUUUAACUAAAACUUCUUCAAUUUAUUGUGAUAAUCUAAUUUUUUCCUAUAUUUUGCAAAUUUAUAAAUUCUGUGUGCUAUUUCAAAGAUUUUUAUCUAAGUUUUUAAAGUAAUCCUUGAUUUGAUGUUUAACAAUAUUGUGAUAGUUGAGGUUAGAAUGCAAUUCUGAGGCAAAUGAAGUGUAUUUCAAUUUAAAUAAUUGAAAAGAAAUGUCUGUGUCAGAUCCAUUAUUGAAAGAAAUUAAAGGCUACGCCCAGCAACUUUUAGCUGUUGAGGGUCCUAUCACAGAUACCAACGAGUAUGUUACCAAGUUUUGCGAGUGUUUAGAGAAAAUAUUUCAGCAGGGUUUAUCAUGCGUCAAUUACUCUCCCAUGACAUUCAGGCCUUCAGGCAUUUGGGACUGGUUAGAACUCAUGGCGGACAAUAGAAUGGGCGAAACUUACAGUUACCAAAUGGCUGUAAACAACGUAAAGGAAUGUACAAAAGUGAAAAAGAACAUUGGCAGAGCCAGACUUCUUAUUAGAACUUGUCUUGUGAAGAAGUGUCUCCAUGUUCCUGUACAUAAUUAUCUAAUGUUCACAGACUGGAAACAUGUAUUUUCAUCGCAGUCAAUUCUAGGAGACGACAUCCUUUGUCAGAUUUUGUACUCAGUUCUGUUGUGGGUGGGACGUCUGAAUUUCGCUUUGGAUUUGAACAAUUCUAGAUUUUUGGAUUCGACCUGGGACCUUCCCGUCACGAACAAAAUCGAACUGGUGCCUUGCAAGAAAAUGGGCAUCACUGUAAUCUUUGUUGAAGGGAAAGCAAUCUGUUUUGACAUCCAGAAGAAUAGUGUUGCUGCUGAAGAUGAUGCAGUUGAAAUUGGAGACAUAAUUGACGAGUUGAACGGAAAUGUGAUAACUACUAGCUCUCAAGGCACAUUGAAUAAUCUUAUGAGAAAAACUGCCGGGUUCCCUAUUUCAAUAUAUCUUAUAAAGGCUAAAUGGAAAAAUAAUCUAUUUCCGCCAAUGGUGCCUUUGCUGAUAGCAGCAAAAAUCGACAUAUCUGCAAUUCGGCAGAAGCAGUUGACUGAGAUCGACACAAAAUCGCUCAUCAAACAGGAAAUGGCUAAAUCAUCAAUCACAUUCAUAGGACACAUUUCAACUGGUAGUUUGGGUGAUGUGAAGCAAAUUGCUGCAGGAAUCAAUCAGAUACUUUCCGGCAAAGGAAACCAGAUUGACUCGCUGGUUACUUUUGAGUGUUUGGAUUUAGGAGUCAAGGUCACUGAAAAAGCUGAUACUAAAGUGAUAUUGAAACAUUCAUACAUGGAAAUUUCCUCCUGUGGAUGUGCUGUCGAUAUUCCUUAUUAUUUUGCCUAUAUUGCCAGUGAUGGCCUAUGCUCACAGUCUGAUAGCUUCGUAUGCUAUGUCUUCCAUUGUAACGUUCAAACAGAGAUUGACACAAUCCUCAACAGUAUAGGUCAAGGAUUCAAAAGGACUCACUAUGUCGUCUAAUACUGCAGAGAGACUUUUUCAUUAUACGAGAGCAUCGAAUUUUAUUUUCAAUAUUUUCUUGAAGUCGUAAGCUGAUCCAAUUUUUUGUUGCUGAACAACUCAACUGUGAUCAAGUUUAGUAGAACAUCAGGUAUUGCAUUCUAUAUGAGAUGAUCGAGUUUAAACACUUUUCAAUUGCAACAAAAUUUUAUCAGAAAGUGCUUGAGUAACCAAUCUGAGACUUAUGCAAAUUUGGACAGAAUAAUUAUUAUGAAAUUAUUGAAGCACGAUCUAUCAAACCAGAUUAUUUAGUGAAGACUCUGUUUUUUCCUGAUAUAGAUCAUAUCAUGUUGUAGAAAAACAUACAUUUUCUGUGAGAAAUUUGGAAAGAUUUAGAAGGAAAUUUUUACUAGCCUCUUGUACUCAUUCGUUAUAUAUAUGACUACAAUUAUUUACAAAUAAUUUUAAAAUUUCAUCUACCUCCAAAGAGCAAAGGCAGAUCUAUUGCUCUAGCAAUAGAGCAAUUAGUCUAUUAAUCUAGCUAGACUUCACACUGAUAAAGCUUUGAUCUGUUACAUGAAACUCAUUGCUUUGAUCUGAAACUUACAUGAAACUGAAAGCUUUGAUCUCUUUAGCUCCAUAGCUCUUGUAUUCAAAUGGCUUUGCAAUGAUUCUAGUCAAUAAAAAUGUUUCAUAUCCCAUCGAAGAAGUCAUAUCCAAUCAUUUUUCUAGUCAAGUUUAUUGGAAGUAUUUUAUUGUUCAUAUAAAACCUUUUUAACAUAGUAAACCAUCUAAACCAUG